AUGAGUUUUCUGCCCUACUUCUCUGCUGAGACCUGGACACUCCUGGCCCUCCUCAUCACCCUCAUAGUGGUGUAAGGACUUCAAAUGAAAUUGUAUUACAUCAAAUCAAAUGUUAUAUGCCACAUGCAUCGUAGUUAACCGGUGGAGACUAACAGUGAAAUGCUUACUUAGGGGUCAUUUUCCAACAAUGCAGAGUUAAAGAUAUGUUUUUAUUUUUUGUAAAUACUUCUCUAGAAUAUAUUACUAGUUAAUGUGUGUGUGUAUGUGUAUAGGUAUGGAUACUGGCCCUAUGGUGUAUUCACUAAGAUGGGGAUCCCUGGACCCAAACCCCUACCUUACCUUGGCACAAUGAUGGAGUAUAAAAAGGUUUGUAAUAUUAAUAUAAUAAUAAUAAUAAUAUGCCAUUUAGCAGACGCUUUUAUCCUCAACACUGACCUGUUUCAGGUAUGUUCUCUGUUCAGGCAUGAAUCAGCUGUUUUCUCUCUCUCUCUCUCUCUCUCUCUCUCUCUCUCUCUCUCUCUCUCUCUCUCUCUCUCUCUCUCUCUCCAGGGUUUCACUAACUUUGACACAGAGUGCUUUCAGAAGUACGGGAGAAUCUGGGGGUGAGUUCAGUUGGCUGUACCGUAAUAGGAUGACUCACAACUGUACUAUGCUCUUUCCUUACAAUUCAUCACCUGCUCAAGCUAUCAUGUGACCAUGAAUAAUACUAUGAAUAAUAAUAUCAACAACAAUAAUAUUUUAUAUGUAAUUUUAUAUGACGUGGUUUAAGCCAGGUGUCUGUGUGUUUCUCCUCUGUGAAGGAUCUAUGAUGGGAGGCAGCCUGUUCUGUGUAUCAUGGACAAAAGCAUGAUCAAGACCAUCCUGAUUAAAGAGUGUUACAACAUCUUCACCAACCGCAGGGUGAGACACACACACACACACACACACACACACACACACACACACACACACACACACACACACACACACACACACCCUAAUAAUAAUAAUCCUAACAUCAUUAUUUAUAUUAUUAAUACAUUAUCUGUGGAAUUCAUGUAAAUAUGAAAGACUUCCAUCUGAAAGGUGAGCUGUUUGAUAAUUAUUACAACUGUCCUCCAUGUUUUAGAACUUCCAUCUGAACGGCGAGCUGUUUGAUAAUUAUUACAACUGUCCUCCAUGUUUUAGAACUUCCAUCUGAACGGAGAGCUGUUUGAUAAUUAUUACAACUGUCCUCCAUGUUUUAGAACUUCCAUCUGAACGGAGAGCUGUUUGAUGCGUUGUCCUUUGCCGAGGACGAUACAUGGAGACGGAUCCGCAGUGUCCUCUCUCCUUCCUUUACCUCCGGACGACUAAAAGAGGUAGAACCAUCCCUCCAUCUCCCUCAUCCUUUUAUCAUCUGUCAUUUCUACUCCUGUUUUAUCAAUUCAUUAUAAACUCAUUAUAGCUUGUUAUAAACUCUUUAUAAACCCAUUUUGAAGAAGUUAUAAACGUAUAAAUGUUAUAAACUUGUCUCCCGAGUGGUGCAGUGGUCUAAGGCACUGCAUCGCAGUGCUAGCUGUGCCACUAGAGAUCCUGGUUUGAAUCCAGGUUCUGUCGGGCGGCGCAUAAUUGGCCCAGCGUCGUCCAGGGUAGGGGAGGGAAUGGCCGGCAGGGAUGUUGCUCAGUUGGUAGAGCAUGGCGUUUGCAACGCCAGGGUUGUGGGUUCGAUUCCCACGGGGGGGGGCCAGUAUGAGAAAUAAAAUAAUGUAUGCGCUCACUAACUGUAAGUCGCUCUGGAUAAGAGCAUCUGCUAAAUGACUAAAAUGUUAUAAACCUAUUAUCAACGAGUUUAAACUCCUCUCUCUCCUCUAGAUGUAUGGUUUCAUGAAGCAGCAGUCUGCUAAACCUGCUGCCCAACUCUCUCUCUCCCAUACUCUCUCUCUCUCUCCAUUCUCUCUCUCUCUUCUCUGUCUCUCUUCCUCUCUCCUCUCUCUCUCUCUCUCAUCUACUCUCUCUCCCUCGCUCUCUCUCCCUCUCUCAUUCUCCUACCUCCCCUCAUACUGAAUCGCUCUCUCUCAUUCUCUCUCCUCCAUCCUCUCUCUCUCCUCUCUCUCCCUCUCUCUCUCUCUAUCCUCUCUCUCCUUCUCUUCUUCUCUCUCUCUCUCUCCUCUAGAUGUUUGGUAUCAUGAAAGCAGCACUCCUCUACCCUGCUGAAUGGAAUGAAGAAGCAGGCAGAUAAAGACCAGGCCAUCGAACUGAAGGAGUGAGUCCUGACCUCUAACCUCUGACUUUUCACCUUACACCUUAAAAAAAAAUUUUGAAUCACCUUUGGCAGCGAUUACAGCUGUGUGUCUUUGCACACCUAGAUUGUACAAUAUUUGCACAUUAUUAUUUUUAUUAUGUUGUGGAAAAUGGUCUUUGUCCUCCGUCAAACACAAAGUACUUUCAGAGUUUUUUGUAGAAUUAAAAUAGACUUAAUUACAAUCAAUAUAGCCGAGGUGGUCUGCAGAGCAUCUAACUUUCCACUUCUCAGCUCUCAGUUUACACAGUCAAUUUACAUUCAUUUUAGCUUAAUCCCUCCCUCUUUGGUUCCUCCACCACUGUCUCCAGUUUUCACCUCUUGACUGCUCCGCCCACUUCCUUAAUGGCGGUAUCUGACUUCCCUCCCUUCUAGUUCCGUGUCUGGAAACAAUAGUGGUGGGACCAAGCCCUGUCAUGCAAAAAUAACAGCCCUGUCAUGCAAAAAUAACAGCCCUGUCAUGCAAAAAUAACAGCCCUGUCAUGUAAAAAUAACGGAGCCCUUUCCUGGCUCCGUUCUGACCUCCAAACCUAUCAAUCGAUACUUAAACAUGGCAGGUCCAUAAUCAAUUUCUCAAACAUACCUCCUCCCUCUCUACCACCCAGUCCAAAACGCCCCCGUCAUGUUGUGAUCAACCAUGUUUAGUCUGAACUCUGUUCAACCCCUGGCUCCGUUCCAGGACUAUGCCUAAGGAGAGAGGCAAAGGGCAACAGUCUGGUUUCAGUCACUGAUAAGGCUUAGAGUGGAUUAGAGAGGAAGAGAGGAGCUUGAAGAGAGAAGAAACAGUUUACUGAGUCUGAAAAGAUCCACACUAUAGUCCACUGAAAAAUCUUCAUAAAACAUUCUUCAAGCUCUGUCAAGUUGGUUGUUGAUCAUUGCUAGACAGCCAUUUUUCAAGUCUUGCCAUAGAUAUUCAAGCCGAAUUUAAGUCAAUACUGUAACUAGGCCACUCAGGAACAUUCAAUGUCGUCUAAGUAAGCAACUCCGGUGUAUAUUUGGCCUUGUGUUUUAGGUUAUUGUCCUGCUGAAAGGUGAAUCUGUCUGGUUGAAAGCAGACUGAACCAGGUUUUUGUCUAGGAUUUUGCCUGUGCUUAGCUCUAUUCGGUUUAUUUUUAUCCUAAAAAACUCUCUAAUCCUUGCCGAUGACAAGCAUACCCAUAACAUGAUGCAGCCACCACCAUGCUUGAAAAUAUGAAGAGUGGUACUCAGUGAUGUGUUGUGUUGGAUUUGCCCCAAACGUAACACUUUCUAUUCAGGGCAUAAAGUUAAUUGCUUUGCCACUUUUUUGCAGUUUUACUUUAGUAACUUGUUGCAAACAGGAUGCAUGUUUUGGAAUAUGUUUUAUUCUGUACAGGCUUCCUUCUUUUCACUCUGUCAUUUAGGUUAGUAUUGUGGAGUAACUACAAUGUUGUUGAUCCAUCCUCAGCUUUCUCCUAUUAUAGCCAUUCAACUCUAUAACUGUUUUAAAAUCACUAUUGGCCUCAUGGUGAAAUCCCUGAGCGGUUUCCUUCCUCUCCGGCAACUGUGUUAGGAAGGACGCCUGUAUCUUUGUAGUGACUGGGUGUAUUGAUACACCAUCCCAAAGUGUAAUUAAUAACUUCACCAUGCUCAAAGGGAUAUUCAAUGUCUUCUUUUUUUUAUACCCAUCUACCAAUAGGUGCCCUUCUUUGCGAGGCAUUGGAAAACCUCCUUGGUCUUUGUGGUUGAAUCUGUGUUUGAAAUUCACUGCUCGACUGAGGGACCUGACAGAUAAUUGUAUGUGUGGGGUACAGAGAUGAGGUAGUCAUAAAGAAAAUCAUGCUAAACACUAUCGUUGCACACAGAGUGACUCCAUGCAACUCAUUAUGUGACUUGUUAAGCACAUUUUUACUCCUGAGCUUAUUUAGGCUUUCCAUAACAAAGGGGUUGAAGACUUAUUGACUCAAGAUAUUUCAGCUUUUCAUUUUUAAUUAAUUCCACUUUGACACACAUCACUUUGUGUGGAAGGCCAAGGUGACACAAAAUCUAAAUGUUAUCCAAUUUUAAAGUCAAGGCUGUAAAACAAGAAAAAUAUGGAAAAAGUCAAAAGGUGGUGAAUACUUUCUGAAGGCACUGUAUAUAAUAUGACACUUAACAGACACUUUGAUGUUUUUUGGGGCUAUACCUGUAUGGUUGUGGUCAGUAGUUGUGGUCAGUAGUUGUGUGGUUGUGGUCAGUAGUUGUGGUCAGUAGUUAUGUGGUAGUGGUCAGUAGUUGUGGUCAGUAGUUGUGUGGUCAGUAGUUGUGGUCAGUGGUUGUGUGGUCAGUGGUUGUGGUCAGUAGUUGUGGUCAGUAGUUGUGGUCAGUAGUUGUGAUUGUGGUAGUAGUUAGGGGGUUUGUGGUUUAUGUUGGGGUGGGCGUAGUUGUGGUCAGUGGUUGUGUGGGGAAGGGGGUUUUGGUCAGUAAUGUGGUCAGUUUGUUGUGGUCAGUAGUUGUGGGUGGUGGGUCAGUAGGGGAGUUGUGGUCAGUAGUUUUGUGUAUUGGGGCAGAGGGUGUGGUCAGUAGUUUUUGUGGUCAGGGGUUUUGUGGUCAGGGGUUUUGGUCAGUUUUUGUGGUCAGUAGUUGUGGGUAAAGGGAGUUGUGGGUUUGGUCCGUUUUGUUUUGGAAAUAGUUUUGGUCAGUAGUUGGGGUUUAAUAGGUGUGUGGUUUUGGUCUAGUUUUGGGGCAGGAGUGUUUUGGGAUGUGGUCAAAUAGUUUUUGGGUCAGUAAAUUGGGUAAGUAGUGGUGUGGGGUUUUUGGGCCAAAUUUGUUUUGGUCAGUAGUUUUGUGGUUGUGGUAGUAGUUGUGGCGUGUUGGUAAUUUUGGGGUUGGGGUUGAGGGGUUUUUGGGCCCACAUAUGGACGGGUUCACCCGCAACAAACCUUAGUGUGGAAAAUUUACUCUCUGAAAAAACCCUUUAGGGCCCCCUUUUGGUCAGUGUUGGGGGUUUUGGUCAGUCGUUGUGGGUAAGUAGUUGUUUGGUCAGUGUUGUGUGGUUUGUAGUUUGGGGGGUUUGGGCAGUAGUUUUUGGUUAGGGAGUUGUGAGGUCAGCAGUUGUGUUUGGGCAGUAGUUGUGUGGUCGUUUGUUGUGGUCAGCCCCUUUGUGGUCAGUAGUUGUGUGGCCAGUUUGUUGUGGUCAGUCCCUUUUUGGCCAAAAUAGUUGUGGUUCAGUGUUGUGUGGUAAAAAUAUUUUUUGUCAGUAGUUGUUUUGGUCAGUAGUUUGGUCAAAUAGUUGUGGGCAGUAGUUUUUUGGUUUGAGGGUUUGGUUUUAGUUUUAUGGUUAGUUUGUUUUGUGGUAAAAGUUUUUGGGGCAGUCUUUUGGGGCAGUGGUUUUGGUCAGGCGUUUGGUAAUUUGUUGUUUGGGUUCCCAAAAGUUGUGGUAAAAUAGUUUGGGGGAAAUAGUUGUGGUAAAGGGGUUUUGGCCCGUUUUUGUGUGGUCAGUAGUUGUUGGGGCAGUCGUUUUGGUAAAUGUUGGGGGGCCAGUAGUUUUGGUCAGUAGUUUUUGGUUUAGUAGUUGUGGUCCCGUAGUUUUGGCAAAUUUUGUUGUGUGGCAGUUUGGUUUUUGGGCAGUAUUUUGGUCAGAGUUGGUCAGUAGUUGUUUUGGCAAAAAUAUUUGGGGGUCAGUAGUUUUGGGGGUAGUAGUUUUGGGGCAUCGUUUGGGGGGUCAGGAGGUUUUGGUUAGUAGGGGUUUUGUGAUUGGGAGUUGUGUGGUUUAAAAGUUGUUGGGUUUGUAGUUGUGUGAUCCGUUUUUGGGUUUUGGUCAGUAGUUGGGGGUCAGUGGGUGGUCAGUAGGUUUUGGGCAAGUAGUUGGGGGCAGUAGUUUUCGGGACCAAAAGUUGUGGCCAGUAGUUGUGGUCAGUAGUGUGGGUAAGCAGUUGUGUGGCCCAGGUCGCUGGGUCAGAUUGUUUUGGUCAGUUAGUUGUGGGUCAGUAGUUGUUGGGAUGUGGUCAAGUAGUUGUGGGUCGUCGUUGUGGGAAGUAGUUGUGUGGCUUUGUGGUCAGUAGUUUUGUGGUUCAGUCAUGGUAAAUUGUUGGUUGUGUUGCAGGUUCUUUGGCCCCUACAGUAUGGACGUGGUCACCAGCACAGCCUUCAGUGUGGACAUUGACUCUCUGAACAACCCUUCAGACCCCUUCGUCUCCAACGUCAAGAAGAUGCUCAAGUUUGACAUGUUAAACCCACUGUUCCUCCUAAUCGGUGAGACCACACACACACACACACACAAACACACACACACACACGGAAGCAAAGUUGUUACUUUUUAAUCACAUAAAGUGAUAAAACUUUUUAUGAAAGGUUUCUCUUCUCCUCUCCCCUCCUUCUCCAGCGUUGUUCCCCUUCACGGGUCCUAUCUUGGAGAAGAUGAAGUUUUCUUUCUUCCCGACUCCGGUGACAGACUUCUUUUACGCUUCGCUGGCUAAGAUCAAAUCUGGACGCGGCACUGGGAACACAACUGUAAACGUUUUAUAUUUGUAUUAAAAUAUUCUGAAUUUAUAUAUUGAACAAAAAUAUAAACGCAACAUGCAAAAAUUUCAACGAUUUUACUGAGUUACAGUUCAUAUAAGGAAAUCAGUCAAUUGAAAUAAAUAGAUUAGGCCCUAAUCUAUGGAUUUCACAUGACUGGGCAGGGGCGCAGCUAUGGGUGGGCCUGGGAGGGCAUAGGCCCACCAACUGGGGAGCCAGGCCCAGCCAAUGAGAAUGAGUUUUUCCCCACAAAAGGGCUUUAUUACAGACAGAAAUACUCCUCAGUUUCAUCAGCUGUCCGGGUGGCUGGUCUCAGACGAUCCCGCAGGUGGAGAUCCUGGGCUGGUGUGGUUACACGUGGUCUGCGGUUGUAAGGCCAGUUGGACGCAUUGUCAAUGUCUCUAAAACAACGUUGGAGGCGGUUUAUGGUAGAGAAAUUAACAUUCAAUUCUCUGGCAACAGCUCUGGUGGACAUUCCUGUCACGCCCUGACUGUGGGGACUCUUAUUUGUUGAGUCAGGGUGUAUAUUUUCUAUGUGGUGAUUGUCUAUGUUGUAUAUUCUAGGAUUUGUAUUUCUAUGUUGGCCGGUGUGGUUCCCAAUCAGAGGCAGCUGUCGCUCGUUGUCUCUGAUUGGGGACCAUACUUAGGCAGCCUAUUGGCACUAGUGUGUUGUGGGAUCUUGUUCCGUGUAGGUAUGUUUUGUGUUCUACCUUGGACCUUGGAUUAAAAUAAACAUGUACGCAUAUCACGCUGCGCCUUGGUCCGUCCCGUUCAUCAACGAUUGUGACAGAAGAUCCCACCAAACGAGGACCAAGCAGCGUGUCCAGGAGCAGACAGCCUGGACCUGGGAGGAGAUCCUGGACAGUAAGGGAUCCUGGACUUGGGAGGAGAUUCAGGCUGGGAUGGAUCGCCGUCCUUGGGAGGAGACAGUGGAGGCCCGGUAUAGAGAGGAGAAACGGCGCCAACAGUGCCGACGACGGAGACCCGAGAGGCAACCCCAAGAAAAUGUUUGGGGGGGCACACAGUGUGGACGAUGAGGCAGCAGGAGGCCGUUAAAGGGCGGGUCUGCAGGUUAGGAGAGGAGGCCACCAUGUUACGGGGGCUAUUGGUUCAGAGGGAGCAGGAGUUAUUCGGUCAGAGUGAGGCGCUACAGGAGGCUAAAAGGGAGAAGGAAAGUGUAGAGGCACGGCGAGAGGAGCUGGUUAGGCAGCAGAAGGAAGUGGUGCGUGUCGCCAGUCCGGUCCGGCCCGUUCCUGCUCCCCGCACUAAGCCAGUGGUGCGUGUUCCCAGUACGGCCCGACCCGUUCCUGCUCCUCGCCCCAAGUCAGUGGUGCGCGUCACCAGUCCGGCCCGUCCUGUUCCUGCUCCUCGCACCAAGCCAGUGAUGCGCGUCGCCAGCCCGGCCCAGCCUGUUUCUGCCCCUCGCACCAAGCCAGUGGUGCGUGUCGCCAGCCCGGUCCGGCCUGUUCCUGCCUCUCGCACCAAGCCAGUGGUGCGCGUCGCCAGCCCGGUCCGGCCUGUUCCUGUCCCUCGCACCAAGCCAGUGGUGCGCGUCGCCAGCCCGGUCCAGCCCCUUCCUGCCCCUCAAACCAAGCCAGUGGUGCGCGUCGCCAGCCCGGUCCGGCCCGUUCCUGCCCCUCGCACCAAGCCAGUGGUGCGCGUCGCCAGCCCGGCCCGGCCCGUUCCUGCCCCUCGCACCAAGCCAGUGGUGCGCGUCGCCAGCCCGGUCGGGCCAGUUCCUGUCCCUCGCACCAAGCCAGUGGUGCGCGUCGCCAGCCCGGCCCAGCCUGUUUCUGCCCCUCGCACCAAGCCAGUGGUGCGUGUCGCCCAGCCCGGUCCGGCCUGUUCCUGCCCCUCGCACCAAGCCAGUGGUGCGCGUCGCCAGCCCGGUCCGGCCUGUUCCUGUCCCUCGCACCAAGCCAGUGGUGCGCGUCGCCAGCCCGGUCCAGCCCGUUCCUGCCCCUCACACCAAGCCAGUGGUGCACGUCGCCAGCCCGGUCCGGCCCGUUCCUGCCCCUCGCACCAAGCCAGUGGUGCGCGUCGCCAGCCCGGCCCGGCCCGUUCCUGCCCCUCGCACCAAGCCAGUGGUGCGCGUCGCCAGCCCGGUCGGGCCAGUUCCUGUCCCUCGCACCAAGCCAGUGGUGUGCGUCGCCAGCCCGGCCCGGCCUGUUCCUGCCUCUCGCACCAAGCCAGUGGUGCGCGUCGCCAGCCCGGCCCGGCCUGUUCCUGCCCCUCGCACCAAGCCAGUGAUGCGCGUCGCCAGCCCGGCCCGUUCCUGCCCCUCGCAUCAAGCCAGUGGUGCGCGUUGCCAGCCCGGUCCGGCCUGUUCCUGCUCCUCGCACCAAGCCAGUGAUGCGCGUUGCCAGCCCGGCCCAGCCUGUUUCUGCCCCUCGCACCAAGCCAGUGGUGCGCGUCGCCAGCCCGGUCCGGCCUGUUCCUGUCCCUCGCACCAAGCCAGUGGUGCGCGUCGCCAGCCCGGUCCAGCCCGUUCCUGCCCCUCGCACCAAGCCAGUGGUGCGCGUCGCCAGCCCGGUCCGGCCCGUUCCUGCCCCUCGCACCAAGCCAGUGGUGCGCGUCGCCAGCCCGGCCCGGCCCGUUCCUGCCCCUCGCACCAAGCCAGUGGUGCACGUCGCCAGCACGGUCGGGCCAGUUCCUGUCCCUCGCACCAAGCCAGUGGUGCGCGUCGCCAGCCCGGCCCGGCCUGUUCCUGCCUCUCGCACCAAGCCAGUGGUGCGCGUCGCCAGCCCGGCCCGGCCUGUUCCUGCCCCUCGCACCAAGCCAGUGAUGCGCGUCGCCAGCCCGGCCCGUUCCUGCCCCUCGCAUCAAGCCAGUGGUGCGCGUUGCCAGCCCGGUCCGGCCUGUUCCUGCUCCUCGCACCAAGCCAGUGGCGCGUGUGUCCAGUCCGGCACGGCCCGUGCCUGUUCCACCGGUGCCUGGUUCGGCACCGGUCAGCUGCUCUACUCCGGAGCCAGAGCAGUCCGCUCCACCGGUGCCCUGUUCAGCUCCGGUCAGCUGCUCCACUCCGGAGCCAGAGCAAUCCGCUUCACCGGUGCCCGGUCCAGCUCCGGUCAGCGGCUCCAGUCCAGACCCAGACGUCAGCCCCUCUCCAGGUUCGGGGUCUCCCACACCAGGGUCCAGACAGGGCUUGGAGUAUCGUGGGAGGAAGGAGAGGGGAAGCAACGCGCCGAGGUCUAGACCAGACCAGGGGCGCAACAGGGAGGCAAAGAGUGAGAGGUCGUCACGCCCUGAGCCGGAUCCGCCUCCGAGGCGGAAUGCCCACCCAGCCCCUACCCUGUUAUGUUUAUGUUGUGCGGUCGGAGUCCGCACCUUUGGGGGGGGGUUACUGUCACGCCCUGACUCUGGGGACUCUUAUUUGUUGAGUCAGGGUGUGUAUUUUCUAUGUGGUGAUUGUCUAUGUUGUAUAUUCUAGGAUUUGUAUUUCUAUGUUGGCUGGUGUGGUUCACAAUCAGAGGCAGCUGUCGCUCGUUGUCUCUGAUUGGGGACCAUACUUAGGCAGCCUAUUGGCACUAGUGUGUUGUGGGAUCUUGUUCCGUGUAGGUAUGUUUUGUGUUCUACCUUGGACUUCACGUUUUGUUUGUUUAUUGUUUUGUUGGUUGUUUAUUCAUUAAAAUAAACAUGUACGCAUAUUACGCUGUGCCUUGGUCUGUCCCUUUCAUCAACGAUCGUGACAAUUCCUGCAUGCCAAUUGCACGCUCCCUCAAAACGUAAGACAUCUGUGGCAUUGUGUGACAAAACUGCACAUUUUAGAGUGGCCUUUUAUUGUCCACAGCACAAGGUGCACCUGUGUAAUGAUCAUGCUGUUUAAUCAGCUUCUUGAUAUGCCACACCUGUCAUGUGGAUGGAUUAUAUUGGCAAAGGAGAAAUGCUCACUAACAAGGAUGUAAACAAUAUUGUGUACAAAACUUUUGAGAAAUCACCUUUUUGUGAGUAUGGAACAUUUCUGGGAUCUUUUAUUUCAGCUCAUGAAACAUGGGAACAACACUUUACAUGUUGCAUUUAUAUCUUUGUUCAGUAUAUAUUAUGUUUAGGAAACCUAUGUUUGUCAACGUUUGCUCUCUCCACCUGCCCAUUACUCUCAGGGUGAAACGAGACCCCCAGAUGGUCCAUGAACGCCUUCCAGACCCUUGAUGUAAACUGGGGACCCCGAUCAGACACUAUAUCCUCAGGUACCCCGUAGUGCCGGAAGACGUGUGUAAACAGGGCCUCCGCGGUCUGUAGGGCAGUAGGGAAACCGGGCAAAGGAAUGAGACAACAGGUCUUAGAAAACCGAUCCACAACAACCAGGAUCGUGGUGUUACCUUGUGACGGAGGAAGAUCCGUAUCAAAGUCCACCGAUAGGUGUGACCACAGCCGUUGUGGAACGGGGAGAGGUUGUAAUUUCCCUCUGGCCAAGUGUCUAGGUGCCUUGCACUGGGCGCACACCGAACAGGAAGAAACAUAAACCCUCACGUCCUGAGCUAAGGUGGGCCACCAGUACUUCCCACUAAGACAGCGCACUGUCCGACCGAUGCCAGGAUGGCCAGAAGAGGGUGACGUGUGAGCACAAUAGAUCAAACAAUCGCGAACCUCAGACGGAACGUACACACGACCCACUGGACACUGGGGGGGAGUGGGCUCCGUGUGUAACGCCCGCUCGAUGUCCGCGUCAACCUCCCAUACCACCGGUGCCACCAGACAAGAAGCCGGAAGUAUGGGAGUGGGCUCCCUCGUCCGCUCCACUGAGUCAUACAGCCGGGACAGAGUGUCUGCCUUAGCAUUCUGGAAACCUGGUCUGUACGAUAGGGUGAACACAAAACGCGUGAAAAACAUGGCCCACCUUGCCUGACGAGGGUUCAGUCUCCUCGCUGCCCGUAUGUACUCCAGAUUGCGGUGGUCAGUCAAAAUGAGAAAAGGGUGUUUUGCCCCCUCAAGCCAAUGUCUCCACACCUUAAGAGCUUUCAAAACAGCUAACAGCUCCCGGUCCACCACAUCAUAGUUUUGCUCCGCCGGGCUGAGCUUCUUCAAAAAUAAAGCACAGGGGCGGAGUUUGGGAGGCGUACCCGAGCGAUGAUACAGUACAGCUCCUAUCCCAGCCUCGGACGCGUCCACCUCGACUGUGAAUUGCAAGGAAGGAUCCGGAUGAGCCAGCACGGGAGCCAAGGUGAACAGCGCCUUCAGCUGACCAAAAGCCCUUCUGCCUCAGCUGACCACUGCAGGUGCACCGGUCCGCCCUUCAGUAAAGAGGUUAUGGGAGCUGCUACCUGGCCAAAGCCCCGGAUAAAUCUCCGGUAGUAGUUGGCAAACCCCAAAAAUCGCUGCACCUCCUUUACCGUGGUAGGAGUCGGCCAAUUACGCACGGCUGAAAUGCGGUCACACUCCAUCUCGACCCCUGACUCUGACAGGCGGUAUCCUAAGAAAGAGACGGACUGUUUGAAGAACAAACAUUUCUCAGUCUUAACGUACAGGUCUUGCUCCAACAGUAUACCAAGCACCUUGCACACCAGGGACACAUGCGUGUAGCGGAGUAUAUGAGAAUAUAAUCUAUAUACACCACUACACCCUGUCCGUGCAGAUCCCUGAAAAUCUCAUCGACAAAGGAUUGAAAGACUGAGGGAGCAUUCAUCAACCCGUACGGCAUGACGAGGUACUCAUAGUGACCAGAGGUGGUACUAAAUGCCGUCUUUCACUCGUCCCCCUCCCGGAUACGGACCAGAUUGUACGCGCUCCUGAGGUCCAAUUUUGUGAAGAAGUGCGCCCCGUGCAAUGACUCUGUCAUACUAGCUAUGAGAGGUAGAGGAUAGCUGUAUUUUACGUUGUCUGAUUUAGACCUCGAUAGUCAAUGCACGGGUGUAAACCUCCAUCCUUCUUCUUCACAAAAAAGAAACUUGAGGGAGCAGGGGAAGUGGAGGGCCGAAUGUAUCCCUGUCCCAGAGAUUCGGUGACAUGUCUCCAUAGCCACCGUCUCCUCCUGUGACAGAGGAUACACGUGACUCCUGGGAAGUGCAGCGCCCUCCCGGAGAGCUAUCGCACAAUCCCCUCGUCGAUGGGGUGGUAAUUGAGUCGCCUUCUGCUCCGCGUCCUCCCACCAGGGCCCUGCCUGCUGCCUCGAUUCCAUGAGGGUCCUCUCCUGCACCGGCCCGCAGUGUGUCCUCUGCGGCCACAGUUGGUGCAGGAGACCACCCCCUUGCCGAGUCUCUCCACAUCAGCACCUCUAAGCUCCAUAGGAGUGGAGUCGGAAGUGCUGGGGGAUGGACUGGAUGGACCCUGAUCCGGACGUCCGCUGGUGGCCAACAGGUUAUCCAGCCGGAACUAUAAAUCUACCAGCUGGUCCAGGUUUAGAUUCGUGUCCCUGCAGGCCAGCUCCCUACGAGCGUCCUCCCGUAGACUGCAUCGGUAGUGGUCAAUCAGGGCCCUCUUAUUCCAUCCCGCGCUGGCUGCCAGUGUCCUCAAAUCCAGGGCGAAGUCCUGUGCGCUCCUCCUUCCCUGUCUGAGGUGAAACAUACGCUCCCCUGCUGCUCUCCCCUCCGGCGAAUGAUCGAAAUACUGCCCGGAAACGGCGGGUAAAAUCCUCGUAACGUACGGACUCAGCAUCUUUUCCACCCCACUCCGCGUUGGCCCAUUCCAGCGCUCUACCCUACAGACAGGAGAUGAGGGCGGACACGCUCUCGUAUCCCGAGGGAGCCGGGUGGAUGGUUGCCAGGUAGAGCUCCACCUGGAGCAGGAAACCCUUACACCCGGCAGCUGUCCCAUCAUAUUCCCUCGGGAGCGAGAGCCGAAUUCCACUGGAUCUAGGGUUUGAUGGUCUUUGAUGGCGAAGAAAUUGGAGGAGAAGGAAGUGUAGGAAAACCACCUCUCUCCCAUCGAUCCAUGGUGUUCACCACUCGAUCCACAGCCAAACCUAGAGCCUGCAGCAUGGUCGAGUGCUGCUGGAUGCGUUCCUCCACCGAGGCGCUGGGAUCGGACGUGCCUGCUGACUCCAUAGAUGUGCGUGAUUCUGUCAACGUCUGGGUGAAGUGGUGAAACGGAAUCAGGCGCAGGACACAGAACUGAGAAAUGGAUUUACUAAAACAAAAGUAAACCAUAACAAACCCUCCACGAAGGGAAGAGCAGUACAACAGCUCACCAAAACGAGGUAAAACAAUGGACAAUCACGCACAAACCCAGGAGGGAAAACAGAGGUCAUUAUAGGGAAACAAAUAAGCAUAAUGGGUAACAGGUGUGAAUAAUAAAGACAGGACUAGUGUAACACAGAAACAUCGAUCGGUGGCAGCUAGUACUCCGGUGACGACGAAAGUCAAAGCCUGCCCGAACAAGGAGGGGAGGCAGCCUCGGAGGAAGUCGUGACAGUUUGUGUUGGUUGUGAUUGGACCAGAGCCAGUAGAAUCUGGUUGUGUUGGUUGUGAUUGAACCAGAUCCAGUAGAAUAUGUUUGUGUUGUUUGUGAUUGGAUGGAUUUUACAUCAUUUAUUUCUGCUUCCAGAGUCGGGUGGAUUUCUUACAGCUGAUGAUCGACUCUCAGAAAGGCAGCGACACAAAGACAGGAGAGGAACAGACUAAAGGUACCUGCCAAACACACACCUGUAAAUUUCUGUACAAACACACACCUGUAAACAAUUAUCUCUCUCUCCCCCCCCUCUCUCUCUACCCCCCCUCGCUCUCGCUCCUCGUCUUUCCCCCCCUCUCCACCCACCCCCUCUCUCAUCCCCCCCCCCCCCUCUCCUCUCCCCCCCCACCUCUCUCGUCUCUCUCCCCCCUACUCUCUCCCUCUCUCUCUUCCCUCUCUCUCUCUCUCUCUCUCUCUCUCCCACAGGACUGACUGAUCAUGAGAUCUUGUCUCAGGCCAUGAUCUUUAUCUUUGCCGGCUACGAGACCAGCAGCAGUACUAUGAGUUUCCUGGCCUAUAACCUAGCUACCAACCCACAUGUCAUGACCAAACUGCAGGAGGAGAUAGAUACUGUGUUCCCCAUCAAGGUAACCCCCACACCAUGACCCAAACUGCAGGAGGAGAUAGAUACUGUGUUCCCCAUCAAGGUAACCCCCACAUGUCAUGACCAAAUGCAGGAGGAGAUAGAUACUGUGUUCCCCAACAAGGGUAACCCCCACACCAUGACCAAACUGCAGGAGGAUUAGAUACUGUGUUCCCCAACAAGGUAACCCCCACACCAUGACCAAACUGCAGGAGGAGAUUAGAUACUGUGUUCCCAACAAGGUAACCCCACACCAUGACCCAAACUGCAGGAGGAGAUAGAUACUGUGUUCCCCAACAAGGUAACCCCCACACCAUGACCAAACUGCAGGAGGAGAUAGAUACUGUGUUCCCCAACAAGGUAACCCCCACACCAUGACCAAACUGCAGGAGGAGUUAGAUACUGUGUUCCCCAACAAGGUAACCCCCACACCAUGACCAAACUGCAGGAGGAGAUAGAUACUGUGUUCCCCAUCAAGGUAACCCCCACACCAUGACCAAACUGCAGGAGGAAUUAGAUACUGUGUUCCCCAACAAGGUAACCCCCACACCAUGACCAAAUGCAGGAGGAAUUAGAUACUGUGUUCACCCAACAAGGUAACCCCCCACACCCAUGACCAAACUACAGGAGGAAAUAGAUACUGUGUUCCCCAACAAGGUAACCCCCCCCACCAUGACCAAACUACAAGGAUGAAAUCAGAUACUGUGUUCCCCAACAAGGUAACCCCACCCCAUGCCCAAACUGCAGGAAGAAAUAGAUACUGUGUUUCCCCAACAAGCUACCCCCGGUGGCCAGAUGUGGUUAGGUACUGAAUUAUGUGUGUAACCCCGGUGUCCAGAUGGGUGUUGAGGUACUGAUGUGUGUGUAACCCCGGUGCCAGAUGUGUUGAUGUACUGAUGUUGUGUAAUAACCCCGGGUGCCAGAGUGUGUUGAGUACUGAUGUGUGUGUGUAACCCCGGUGCCAGAGUGUGGUACUGAAUGUAUUUGUACCCCGGUGCCGCCGAUUGUGGUGAGGUACUGAUGUGGUGUAACUCCACGGUGCCAGAUGGUAGGUACUGAUGUGUGUGUAAACCCCCGGUGCCAGAUGUGGUAGGUACUGAUGAUGUGUAACCCCCCCUGUGCCAGAUUGUUUAGGUACUGAUGUGUGGUUAACCCCGGUGCCAGAUGUGUUGAGGUACUGAUGUGUGUGUAACCACCCCUGUGCCAGAUGUGUUGAGGACUGAUGUAUGUGUAGCCCCCGUGCCAGAUGUUAGUAAGUGUACUGAUGUAUGUGUAACCCCCGGUUCAGGCUCCUAUCCAGUACGAAGCUCUGAUGCAGAUGGACUAUCUGGACAGUGUGUUGAACGAGUCUCUGAGACUGUACCCAGUCUCCCCCCGACUAGAGAGGGUCGCCCAGAAGACGGUGGAGAUCAACGGCAUCGUCAUCCCCCAAAGACUGCAUUGUCAUGGUUCCCACGUGGACCCUCCACCGCGACCCAGAGAUCUGGUCCGACCCUGAGGAUUUCACACCAGAGAGGGUACUGGACCGCACCGUAACCACGGCAACAACCACAAUAUAAACCAUUUCACAACCCCAGCACAACCACAAUUCAACCACAGCACACACCACAAUACAACCAUAUCACAACCACAGCACAACACUACUUUACCAACACACUGCUGCAAUAUAACCACAACUAAGAAUCAACUACAAUACAAUGUGUAAUGUGGACUGAACCACAAAACCACAAAUCACUACAGACAAUGUGUAAUGGUGUGACGUGGCAACCACCCCAACCACAAAUCAACUACAAUACAAUGUGUAAUGUGACUGAACCACAACCACAAAUCAACUACAAUAUCAAUGUGUAUGUGACGGACCACAUCACCACAAAUAACUCAAUACAAUGUGUAAUGUGGACGACACAAAAAUCAAUCUACAAUUUAAUUGACUGACCACAACCACAAAUCAACUACAAUGUAAAUUGUGACGGAACCACAACCACAAAUGCAACUACAAUACAAUGUGUAUUGGACUGAAACCACAACCACAAUCAACACAAUACAAUUUGUAAUGUGAUUGAACCACACCACAUCAACUACAAUUUAAUUGUUGACCGGACCACAACCACAAUUCAACUACCACUACAAUGUGUAAUGUGACUGAACCACCCACAAAUCACUACAAUUACACUGUGUAAUGUGAAUUGAACCACAACCAAAAUCAACUAACAUUAAUGUGAACGAACCACACCACAAAUCAACUACAAUAAAAUGUGGAAAUGUGACUGAACGCACAACCCAAAAUCAACUACAAUUUGUGACUGAACCACAACCACAAUUCAACUCCAAUACAUGUGUAUGUGCUGAAAAGCCACAACCACAAAUCAAAACUACAAUACAAAUGUGUAAUGUUACUGAACACCACAACCCACAAUCACUACAAUCCAAUGUGUAAUGUUGACGGAACCUCAACCACAAAUCAACGACCAUGUAAUGUGUCCUAACCACAACCACAAAUCACUCCCUACAUUUGGCAAUGUGUCUGUUGCUGGUCCCUGCCCUCUCCCUUCCCAGGUUUCAUUAAUGGGGAACAAGGAGUCCCUAUUGACCCCGUACAACAACGUACAUGCCGUUCGGGGCGGGCCCAGGAACUGUAUCGGGAUGCGUUUCGCCCUGAUCAUGAUCAAACUGGCCAUGGUCGAGAUCCUCCAGAGUUUCACAUUCUCCGUCUGCGACGAGACCGAGGUGAGAUGCUCACCUGAGCAGAUGGAAUAUGACAUCUCAAAUAUCAGUAUCAUUCAUAGAGUUGGAUAGAGGCUGCACUUACCCGCCAGCACUUGUUUUAACAUGGUCAGCACCUGUUUUAACAUGGACCUGUUUUAACAUGGUAACCACCUGUUUUAAAAACAUGGACCUGUUUUAGCAUGGUCAACUACCUGUUCUAACAUGGUCACGUAACUACCCUGUUUUAAAACUGGUCCACCCCACCUGUUUUUAACAUGGACCCCUGUUUUAAGCAUGGUCACCACCCUGUUUUAACAUGGGACCCUGUUUUAAACAUGGUCGACCACCCCGGUUUUAAACAGUUCAACACACCCCACCACCCCUGUUUUAACAUGGUCACCACCCGGGGGGGAGGAUGGUUUUUACUUCCCUCACCCCUUCCCCGUCCUUCGUUCCUCCCUUCCUUCUUCCUCGCAUGGUCAACCCAAACCACCCACCUGGUUUUUAAUUUUAAACCAUGGACGUUUUUUAACAUGUUCACCCCAGUUUUUAUUAAACCAAUGGAACUGUUUUCAGCCUGUCACCACCUGUUUUAACUGGACCCCCUGUUUUAAACAGGUCACCCCCACCAACCACACAACCCACACCACCGCCACCAGACCACCUGCAAACCACCCUGUUUUAGCAUGGCCCUGAUUUUAAACAUGGUCACCACCUGUUUUAACAUGGACUUUUUUACAAUGGUCCCCACCUGUUUUAAACAAUGGACCCCCCUUUUACAAAAAAAACAUGUUCCUCUUUCCCUGUUUUUAAACAUAACCAGGUUUUAAAAAAGCAUUUGAUCACCAUACCUGUUUUAAAAAUGUUCACCAACUGUUUUCUCAUUGACCCCUGUGUUAAAACAUGGUCACCACCUAUUUCAACAUUGACCCCCCUGUUUUUAAAACAUGGUCACCACCUAUUUAACAUGGAACCUGUAUCCGCAUGGUCACCACCCUUUUUUAAAUGUCACCACCCUUUUUUAGCUGGUCACACCCGCACUGUUUUUAAUUAUGUUCACCACCUGUUUUUAACAUGGCCACCACCUGUUUAACAUUGACCUGUUUUGGCAUGUGUCACCACCUGUUUUAAAUAAAACAAUGGUCCACUACUACUGCCCUGUUUUAAAUGUGAACAAAAAAGGAACCAGUUUUACCUGGUCAACAACCUGUUUUAAAAUGGUCACCACCUGUUUAUUCAUUGACCUGUUUUAACAUAUCACCACCUAUUUUAACAUGGACCUGUUUUAUAAACAUGGUCCCCACCACCUAUUUUAACAUGUGGACCCCCCCUCCUCCCCCUUGUUUCACAUUGUCACCACCACCUUUUUAAAAUGGUCCCCGACCAAACGACUCAACCUGUUUUUAAACAUUAUUCUACCACUCCAUCUGUUUAACAUGGUCACCAACCUAUUUUAACAAUUGGUCACCAGCACCACCCCGUGUUUUAACAUGGUCCCCCACCUGUUUUUUGUUAAACAUGGUCAACCACCUAUUUUAACAUGGACCCUGUUUUUAACAUGGGUCCCACCAUAUUUUAACAUGGAACCUGUUUUUCAGCAUGGUCCACCACCCAGUGUUUUAAAUGGUCCACCUACCUUGUUUUACAUGGUCACCACCUGUUUUACAUGGUCCAAACCACCCUGUUUUCACAUGGCCACCACCCUGGUUUUUAUUAACAUGGACCUGUUUUUUGGGCAUGAAUUGUAUUGUCACCACCUGUUUUAAAAAAAAAAAAAAACCUGUUUUACAAAUGGUCCCACCUGUUUUAUCAUGGUCACCACCUGUUUUAACAAUUGGGGGGGUCACCACCUGUUUUAAACAUGUUUGUCACCCCCCAUCACGCACCACCUUUUUUCACAUGGUCAAUGGUCCCACCUAUUUUUGCAUGGACUGUUUUAAUAACAUAAAACAGGUCCACCACCUCUUUUAACAUGGUCACCUCCCCACUUUUUGCCUGGAGACCCUGUUUUAAAACCUGGCCCACCUGUUUAACAUGGGUCCACCUGUUUUAACAUGGGAGGACCUUGUUUUGCAUGUCACCACCUGUUUUAACUAUGGUUUCCGACCUUUUUAACAUGGUCACCACCUGUUUAAAAACAUGGUCAAACCACCUGUUUUAUCAUGGACCUGUUUUAAAACAUGGUCACCGCCUGUUUUAAAAAAGUGAAACCAUUUGAACAUGGUCACCAACUGUUUUAACAUGGACCUGUUUUUAAAAACAUGUGCACCACCCUGUUUUAAAUGUCCCACCCUGUUUUAGCAUGGUCACCACCUGUUUUAACAUUGUCACCACCACCUGUUUUUACAUGGGACCUGUUUUGCAUGGUCACCACCUGUUUUUUAAAAUGGUCACCACCCCUUUUUGUACAUGGUCAAACCAAACCUGUUUUAAAACUUGUCACGCACCCUGUUUUAAAAACAGGGACGUGGUUUUUUUUUUUUUGGCAUGGUCACCACCUGUUUUAAACAUGGUUACCUCCCCUCACCGAAAUCUUUUUUUUAACUGUCACCCCACCUUUUACAUUGACCCUCCCCCUCUGUUAUUUUUUUUUUUGCAUGGUCACCAACCCCACCACCCCCGCGCGCCGUUCCCCCAUACUCACCUGUUUCAACAUGUGCACCACCUGUUUUCAACAUGACGUGUUUUUGUGGGGUGUUUUUGGGGCAAUGUCCACUCAACCCUUUUUUUUACUGGUUACCUCCUCGUUUUAAAAACAUGUCCACCCCACCUUGUUUUUACAUGGACCGUGUUUUGGCAUGGUCACCACUCAACCUGUAUUUAACAUGGUCCACCAAUCCACCUGUUUUUUAAACAUGGUCACCACCUUUUUUAAAACAUGGCCCCCCGUUUUGUAACAUGUUCACCACCUGUUUUAUUUAAAAUUAAAAAAACAUGGUCAACCACCUAUUUUUGCAUGGACACUCUGUGUUAAACAUGGUCACCACCACACCAACCAACCCUGUUUUAACAUGGUCCCCAAACCACCCAUUUUUUGCCAUGGACCUGUUUUUAAACAUGGUCCCCACCACCUGUUUUUAACAUGGUCACCACCCCUGUUUUAACAUGGUCACCACCCCCCCACCACCCUUUUUAACGACAUGGACCGUGUUUUUGGCCAUUGUCCACCUGUUUUAAACAUGUUUACCCACCUGUUUUACAUGGUCCGCACCUGUUAUUAACAUGGUCACCACCUGUUUUUACUCAUGGGACCUUUGUUUUAACAUGGUCACCGCCUGUUUUAAGUGAAACCUAUUUGAACAUGGUCACCAACUUUUUUAAAACAUGGACCUGUUUUAAACCUGCACCAUACCAGUACCUUUUUUAACAUGGUCAACCCCACCGGCCCCCCAUCCCCACCGCCGUUUUUUGUAGCAUGUUCACACCUGUUUUAACAUGGUCACCACCUGUUUUACCAUGGACCUGUUCUGCAUGGUCACCACCUGGUUUAAAAUGGUCACCACCUUUUUUAACAUGGUCACCACCUGUUUUAACAUGGUCACCACCUGUUUUAACAUGGACGUGUUUUGGCAUGGUCACCACCUGUUUUAACAUGGUUACCUCCUGUUUUAACAUGUCACCACCUGUUUUAACAUGGACCUGUUUUUGCAUGGUCACCACCUGUUUCAACAUGGUCACCACCUGUUUUAACAUGGACGUGUUUUGGCAUGGUCACCAUCUGUUUUAACAUGGUUACCUCCUGUUUUAACAUGUCACCACCUGUUUUAACAUGGACCUGUUUUGGCAUGGUCACCACCUGUUUUAACAUGGUCACCACCUGUUUUAACAUGGUCACCACCUGUUUUAACAUGGUCACCACCUGUUUUAACAUGGACCUGUUUUUUAUACAUGGUCACCUCCUGUUUUAACAUUGUCACCACCUGUUUUAACAUGGUCACCACCUGUUUUAACAUGGUCACCACCUGUGACUAAAAUGUAAAUGUAAUAAGGAAGAAUCUCAAUUGUCUUUCCUUGAUUCCUCGCAUUCUCUAUCCCCGCCUCCUCCUCAAAACCCAUUGGAUGAGAAAGAAUGCGAGGAAUCAAGGAAAUGCAAUUGAGAUUCUCCCUAGUCCUCUAUUCAACGCUAUGUUGACACUUCACACAUAAAGACACUGGGGGGCGCUCUAGAUCUGUGGUUAGGUUACUGUCUAAUGGUUCAGGUCAGGACUAUUCUUAGAUCAGUGGUUAUGUUACUGUCUAAUGGUUCAGGUUAGGACUGGAUCAGGGGAAUCUGGUCCUAGAUCAGUGAUUAGGUUAGUGUGUAAUGGUUUAGGUUAGUACUGGGUCAGGGGAAUCUGGUCCUAGAUCAGUGGUUAGGUUAGUGUGUAAUGGUUAAUCUAAUCACACACACACACACACAUAGCACGCAUGCACACAUUGUCCAUCUCCAACAUCCAUAUGCUCAGUUGUUCUGUCAUGUUAUUCUCUAUAGAUCCUGUUGGAGAUGGACAACCAGGGUUAUGUUAUGUUCUGUUAUUCCUAUAGAUCCUGUUGGAGAUGGACAACAGGGUUAUGUUAUGUUCUGUUCUGUUAUUCCUAUAGAUCCCGUUGGGAGAUGGACAACCAGGGUUUCUGUUCUGGUUCUGUUAUUCUCUAUAGAUCCUGUUGGAGAUGGACAACCAGGGUUUCUGUUCUGUUCUGUUAUUCUCUAUAGAUCCUUUGGGAGAUGGACAACCAGGGUUAUGUUCUGUUCUGUUAUUCUCUAUAGAUCCUGUUUGGAGAUGGACAACCAUGGUUCUGUUCUGUUCUGUUAUUCUCUAUAAUCCUGUUGGAGAUGGAACGAACCAGGGGUUAUGUUCUGUUCUGUUAUUCCUCUAUAGAUCACGUUUGGGAGAUAGGACAACCAGGGUUAUUUCGUUGCUGUUCUGUUAGUUCUGCUAAUCAGAUCCUGUUAGGAGAUAGGACAACCAGGGUUAUGUUCUGUUCUGUUCUGUUAUUCUCUAUAGAUCCUGUUGGAGAUGGGACAAACCAGGGUAUGUUAGUUCUGUUCUGUUAUUCUCUCUAGAAUCCUGUUGGAGAUGGGAGCAACCAAGGGUUAGGUGUCUGUUGCGGUUAUUCUCUAUAGAAUUCCUGUUGGAUGAUGGACAACCAAGGGUUAUUGUUCUGUGCUGUUAUUCUCUAUAAGAUCCGGUUGGAGAUGGAGCAACCAUGGUUAUGUUCUGUUCUGUUAUUCUCUAUAGAUCCUGUUGGAGAUGGACACCAGGGUUAUGUUCUGUUUCUGUUAUUCUCUAUAGAUCCUGUUGGAGAUGGACAACCAGGGUUUAUGUUCUGUUCUGUUGUCUCUAUAGAUCCUGUUGGAGAUGGACAACCAGGAGUUCUGUUCUGUUCUGUUAUUCUCUAUAGAUCCUGUUGGAGAUGGACAAACCUAGGGUUAUUUCUGUUCUGUUAUUCUCUAUAGAUCCUGUUGGAGAUGGAUAACCAGGGUUACUGUUCUGUUUCUGUUAUUCUCUAUAGAUCCUGUUUGGAGAUGGACAAACCUGGGGUUAUGUUCUGUUCUGUUAUUCUCUAUAGAUCCUGUUGGAGAUGGAUAUCCAGGGUUAUGUUCUGUUCUGUUAUUCCCAUAGAUCCUGUUGGAGAUGGACAACCAGGGUUCUGUUCUGUUCUGUUAUUCUCUAUAGAUCCUGUUGGAGAUGGGACAACCAGGUUAUGUUCUGUUCUGUUAUUCUCCUAUAGAUCCUGUUGGAGAUGGACAACCCAGGGUUGUCUGUUCUGUUAUUCUCUAUAGAUCCUGUUGGAGAUGGACAACCAGGGUUAUGUUCUGUUCUGUUAUUCUCCAUAGAUCCUGUUGGAGAUGGACAACCAGGGUUCUGUUCUGUUCUGUUAUUCUCUAUAGAUCCUGUUGGAGAUGGACAACCAGGGUUAUGUUCUGUCAUGUUAUUCUCCAUAGAUCCUGUUGGAGAUGGACAACCAGGGUUAUGUUCUGUUCUGUUAUUCUCUAUAGAUCCUGUUGGAGAUGGACAGCCAGUUUCUGCUGAUGCCUAAACGACCAAUCAAACUGAGGCUGGCGCCCCGUAGCAACACCCCUAGCAACACCACCACCACCUCUCUGAAGAGUCCAAACACAUGACCAAAUGCAGGAGUACCCAACCCAACCCAACCCUACCAUCUAUCUAUCUAUCUAUCUAU